UUUUCAUUAAUAAUUACCUUUUAAAGGAACAAGAGGAAAGGCAUUUGGUAUAUAUUUAAUAUUUGCCAGUUCAGAUUGGAUACAUGGCAGCAAUCAGAAUGGAUGACACUGUGUUUUCAGAGAUAAUAUCACAGUUCAUUUUGCGACAAAUGCCAGAAGCUGACUAUUCCAGUUUAUUCAAUGAUUUUGUUGAAUCUGAAUUUUUUCUGAUUGAUGGAGAUUCAUUACUUAUCACAUGUGUAUGUGAGAAAUCAUUACAGCCAGGACAGAAUCUCCAUUUUGUCUACCUGGUGGAACGCUAUCUCAUGGAUCUUAAUAGUAAAGGAGGGCAAUUUUCCAUAGUUUUCUUCAAGAAUUCAAGGAACAUUUUCAAGACUUACAAAACCCUGCUUAAACAAUUGGAAAAAUGCAGAGUUUUAGCCUUAGAACCUGUUUUGGGAAAUUUAAAAUGGGAAAAGAUGAUGAAAGAGGUGAAAGAUCAUUGCUUAACCCUGAAGGAGGCGRAAGAUUUGUGUAGACUGCAUUGUCUCAGUGUGGUGUUUCUUCUCCACUUGCCUCUUUCUCAAAGAGCACRUUCCAGAUUUAUCACUUCCCAUUGGAUUAAAGGCGCUCAGCCUUUUUUGAAAAUGAAAAGGUGGUAUGAAUAUUCCAUCCUAAGUAAUAUAAACAUUUUUGAAUCUUGGAAUCUGAAUUUAGUUCACCUUUCCGACUUAAGUGAUGAGCCUUUGUUGAAGAAUAUUGCAUUUUACUAUGAAAAUGAAGAUGUAAAAGAUGGCUCUAAUGAAAAGCUGCCUAAUUUAGGUUUUAUUCCAGUAUCAUCUGAUGUGAUCGAUAAGUUUACUGGCGACAUUUUGAAGGACUUUCCUUUCCUAAAGAGUGAUGAUCCCAUCGUCACCUCCCUGGUGAAGCAAAAGGAAUUUGAUGAACUUGUGCAUUGGCACUCUCACAGACCUCUUAGCGACGAUUAUGACAGGACAAAGUGCCAAUAUGAUGAAAAAUCUAGAGAUCCUCGUGUUCUUAGAUUCUUGCAAAUGUAUCACCGUUUUCAACGACUUUAUGGGAAUUCAUUAGAAUCAGUCUCUUCAAAACUCAUCAUAAGUCAAGGUGUUAAGCCAAAGAAGGAUUGUCAUGAGCCCAAGAGCAAAAAGACACAUGAAACCAAGGCUGAAAUAAGUAAAACCACAAAAGAUAUGGCKAUACCCAUUCAAAUGAUGAAAAGGAUCCACUCCUUGAUGGAAAAGUACUCAGAGAAUUUACAAGAAGAUGGUCGGCAACUCAUAGCCAGAUGCCUUAGGUACUUAGGAUUCGAGGAGUUGGCAUGUUCUUUACAUCCAACCAAGGAUGUGAUGGAUGACAUAAAGAAGAAGAAAAAGAAUAAAUAUUCAAUUGGCAUUGGGCCAGCUCGGUUUCAACUGCAAUACAUGGGCCAUUAUUUGAUAAGRGAAGAAAGAAAAGAUCCAGACCCAAGGGUCCAGGAUUUUAUUCCUGACACAUGGCAGCGAGAGCUCCUGGACGUGGUGGAUAAACAUGAGUCAGCGGUGAUUGUUGCCCCAACAUCCUCGGGCAAAACCUAUGUGUCYUACUACUGCAUGGAGAAAGUGCUGAAAGAGAGCGACGAAGGGGUGGUCGUGUAUGUCGCACCAACAAAGGUAGUGCUCAGAAGAAUGGAAUAUUUUCUUUCCUUCCUGAGCCUCUUUAAAAAUAUUGCACACAGUCACCUGGUAGAUCUAGUUCACUUUAUUUUAUUUUGCUUGUAUGUGCUUGUUACAGUGCCUGCCUGCUUCGAAAUUCUUCUGCUAUCUCCUCAUCGCCAAAACUGGGUAAAAAGGAUCCGAUAUGUUAUAUUUGAUGAGGUCCAUUGUCUUGGUGGAGAAAUUGGAGCAGAAAUCUGGGAGCAUCUCCUUGUCAUGAUCCGAUGUCCUUUUUUGGCUCUUUCGGCUACCAUAAGUAACCCCGAACAUCUCACUGAGUGGUUACAAUCAGUAAAAAAUUACUGGAAAGAACAAGAUGGUGUAAUGGCAAGAGGAAUUGCUUCUAAGAAAAAUGCCACUGUUCCCAAAGACCACUGGCACGCCAAACAGUCAUAUAAAGUUAGACUUGUGCUCUAUGGAGAGAGAUACAAUGAUUUAGAGAARUACUUAUGUUCAGUAAAAAAUGAUGACAUUUGUUUUGAUCACUUUCACCCAUGUGCCGCAUUAACAACAUAUCAUAAACUGUGUCCAGAGAAUUUCAUUCAUUUUAAGAAUAAAUUAGUCAUUAAAAAGUCGGACGCUAGAAAAUACGAAGAGAGCUUAAAGGCAGAAUUAACAAGUUGGGUUAAAAAUGGCAAUGAAGAAAAGGCAAGCAUUCUUCUUGUUUCCAGAUUCAACAGAGGAGAUGUAGAAGGCAGUGCCAGAAGUGUGAGUGCUUUCCUGGAGGAAAAGCAGGAGAUGCAAAGGCCCCCCAAAGCUGAUAAGGAAGCCCACAUCAUGGCUAGCAAACUUCAAAAACUUAGAAAGUCCAUGGAGAAACAAAAGCUCCUAGAUGAAAAAAGCCAUAAAAAACCCAGAAACUUGGAUAAAAACUUYGUGCAUGAAGCUGAACACGAUAAUCUAYUGAAGAGUCUGGAGAAGAACCURGAAAUCCCUCCRGACUGCACAUACGCUGAUCAAAAARUGAUGGACACUGAGGUCAUAGAAAGAAUGCCAAUGUGUCUAGACACUGAAAAAGUUAUCAGGACUUUUGUGGAAGGAAAUAGGCUCAUUCUAUUCAAACACUAUUUCAGGAGCUAAUUGUUUUUAUCUUCUUUGUAGGUGGUAACAGCUACCGGAACACUUGCUUUGGGARUCAACAUGCCUUGUAAAUCUGUGGUUUUUGCACAAAACUCAGUCUAUCUGGAUGCCUUAAAUUACAGACAGAUGUCUGGUCGUGCUGGAAGACGAGGUCAGGAUCUGCUUGGAGAUGUAUAUUUCUUUAAUAUUCCAUUCCCCAAAAUAGGAAAACUCAUCAAAUCCAAAGUUCCUGAGCUGAGAGGACAGUUCCCUCUCAGCAUAUCCCUGAUUCUGCGACUCAUGCUGCUGGCUUCCAAGGGGGAUGACCCAGAGGAUGGCAAAGCAAAGAAACCAAGAGAAUUCACAGGUGAAGAAUGUGAAGACUCCCAACUCGURUCUCACUUGAUGAACUGCAAGGAAGGAAGAACAGCGAUUUCACCAUUUGUUUGUCUCUCCGGGAAUUUUGAUGAUACUUUACUUCAAUCAGAAAUCUCAAGUGAUGUCAUUCUGCACACAGUUGGUGUCAAUCACAUUCAAGCCCCUGUGCUGUGGCCACAAAAKUUUGACAGCCGAGGAAGAAAAAUGCCACUCAAUGCUUAUGCACUUGAUUUCUACAAGCACGGUUCCCUGGUAGGAUUAUCCCAGGACAAUAGGUUACAUCACGGGGACGCUUACCAAUUGCUGAAAGAUUUUGCACUCACCAUUAGAUCUAUCAGUGUUUCCUUGCGGGAGCUAUGUGAAAAUGAAGAUGACAAUGUUGUUCUGGCCUUUGAACAACUGAGUGAAAMCUUUUUCGAGAAAUUUAACAAAGUCUGAAAACAAAGUCUAUGCAAAAACCACUUUAAAAUAUUCCCAUAGAAGUUUUUUGGGUCGUGUUUUAUUCUUGUGCUUUUUGUCAGAAAAAUGUAUGUGACAAAAUGGAAAUCACAGCACAAGUUAAGGAGAAGCAGUCGAUCCUGUCAYGUUCUAUCACGAGUGCCCUUAGACAAAUCAUUUAGUAAAUCUGAAUCUUAGUUUCUUUUUGUAGUUGGAUAAUGCAUAAUUGCUUAUGUCUCAGGUAUGUUGAGGAUUGACUGAGAAUGUACAAGAAUUUGUAUGUGACUGAAGAACAAUUUUUAUUCUAUAAGAUCUAAAAAAUAUUACAUUUAAAUUAUUUUUCUCUCUAAUGUGAAGAUUUGUAAAAAGUUUCUAAGGCUUGAAGAAAUGACUGCARUUUCCAAAAAGUGAAAUAUAUUUUUACCAAUUAACCUAAGUGGUAGUACAUGAUUUAGAUAGGUAGCUAUUGAAAUGGUACAUUCUAGUAAACAAACUACUUUUAAAACUACGAAUGAAAGUUUUGGUAUAAAUUUUGUGAUACUUUAAAAGAAAACAUCUGAUGAUUUGCUUUAUAUU